AUGGCUUCGUCGCAGCGACAGCUUGCGUCGCUCUUCCGCUCGCUCAAUCUGAGCAGCUCCUCUGCGGCUGUUGCGGCGCGGACCUCCUGCGAAGCCGGCCCGUCGACCUCCAGGCGGCUGCUCUCGACCACAUCAAAGCAGGACAAUGCCAAGCACACGCCAGCCAAACCUUACCCCUUCUCCGACAACGCCAUCGUGCCCGGGCAACCCCAGUUCCAGUCGACCAAGGUGGGCAAGAAGCCGCCACCAGCUCCCAAGACCAUCUUCAACGGCGUCAUGCCGCGCGUCCAUGCCGACCUCCGGGCGCGCUACGACCCGGACAACCGCCUGACCAAGCUGUUUGACCGCGACUCGCCGGACCGCAUCCCUCCCGGCUCGGUCCUCGUCGUAGAGACGUGGACCUCGCCGCUCAAGACGGGCUUCUCGUCCUUCUCGGGCGUCCUCCUCGCCAUCCGACGUCGCGGCGUGUCGACGUCGUUUGUGCUGCGCAACCUGGUGGUCAAGCUCGGCGUCGAGAUGCGAUUCAACCUCUACUCGCCGUUGCUCAAGGACGUCCGCGUGGUGCAGAAGGCCGUGGCGGGCAAGAACGACAAGUCGGGCAAGCUGCGCAGGACACGCCGGGCCAAGCUCUACUACCUCCGCGACGACGACAGGAGGCUCGCCGGCAUCGGCAACGUCAUCAAGCAACAGAGGCUGCUCGAGGAGAAGAGGGAGAAGGAGCUCUCCAAGAGGAGAGUGGGUCGUCGGUAG